AUGGCUUCCGAUAGUAUGACUGAAACAGACUGCAUUGCCAAGAUCAAUGCAAUAUUUGAGCAAGCAAUCAUUGCCGGUGUAACUGGUAUCUCUGCCGCAAUAGGAUCAGCACGCGGGCUGUGGACUUUCACAGCUGGUAUGGCGGAUUUGCACAACCAACAACCAAUCGAGCUGUCGCACAUCUUUGGAAUUGGCAGUAUUACAAAAUUAUUUACUGCUGUUGUUAUUUUUCAGCUUAUAGAAGAAGGCAAACUCCAGCUAUCAGAUACUGUCGGUCAGCUUCUAGAUCCUGAAAUAUACAAGAAUAUCGACAACGCCGCUGAAGCAACUAUCACACUCCUUCUUACCCACCGAACUGGCAUUGAUAACUGGGAAGAUGACCCUAAAUGCAUCAAGGCUAGUCGUGGCAGCGAACUAGAACCUGCUCACAACUGGAGCAAAAGCGAACCUCUAGAUUAUCUUCGGCGUCCGAGGCUGACAGCUCCAGAACGGGGCAACUACUACUAUUCUAAUGCCAACUACGAGCUUCUGGGUUUCAUAAUCGAGAAGAUCACACAAAACACCGCAGAGGCGGAGAUUCGAAGGAGAAUUCUAGAGCCACUUGCCAUGGAGCAUACUUUUUUGGAGGGUUACGAAUCCAAGAACAAGGGCGACAUACCACGACGAUACCAGUUUGCUACAGAAUCGUAUCGCGACACAGCAGGCAUGAACCCUGCCUUGCCAGAGGUUGAUGACGGCAGGCUUAUAGACUGCACUGCUUCCAACUUAUCAGUUGAAUGGGUAGCUGGUGGCAUGCUUUCGUCACCCUCUGAUCUCGUUCAAUUCGCGACCGCUCUUCGCGAUGGGAGACUUCUCAAUAGCGAGUCCUUGGCAACAAUGAAGAUGUGGCGGCCAACUACAAAUGCGGCCUCCGAAAUGGGCCAUUGCCUCUUCAAAAUGAAAGAUUCUGAGGAAAACGCCUGGCUGGGCCACUUUGGCGGUGUCUUGGGCUUUACGGGAGCUCUAUGGUGGAAGGAUGAUGGCGAUUGCGUGUUAUCGGUGCUAUCCAAUGUUGGGACAAUGCAUGCUGGCAAGGUGCCGACCAGUGGAGCUCACAUACUCCUGGAGACUAAGCUGCGAGAGAUUGCGAUUCAGCUGGCAUCAGUAGGACAGACUUCGUCGUUAUAA